UCCAAAAUAAGACGACAGACAGACUUUGCUCCGCUGCAUUGCAACAUAUCGACGAUACUCAAGAAACAUGGAUUUGUUUAAAACGCUUUCAAUCCUUAUUGAAGGCGGAAUAAUACGAUUUUUACAGCACGGAAUCGCGAUACCGCUCCGAGGAUUUAUAUUUCGCGCACCUCUACUGUGGACGUCUGCUAAAAAGGAUCUCGUUUUGUUCCGAGUGCAGGGCGUGGAAUGGAUUACGUGAUAUUUCAAAAAUGUAUUUUUUAGCAAAACACAAUUGUACUCCUGUGUAUUGGUGAAAGGGUUCAUCUGAAAUCCAGAAAACAGAACAGUAACAUGGAGAAUCGGAGUUUUACCAGAAAGAAGACAAAUCAGUUCCCUAUUGAGCUCUGAGCUGAACAGAAGUGGAUGACUCACACACGGUGUGUUUGGUGUUGAUCCAGAUGAAGUGAAGUCAGUGUCAGUGAUGGAGGGAGAUUCUGUCACUCUACACACUAAUCUAACUCACAUACAGACAGAUGAACAGAUACUGUGGCUCUUUGGACUUCAAGGGACUCGUAUUGCUGAGAUCUAUCAUCAGAAACCCAAGACAUAUGAUACAACUGGAAGAUAUGGAGGGAGACUGAGGAUCAACAGUCAGACUGGAUCUCUCACCAUCACAAACAUCACAAGCACAGACUCUGGACUUCAUGAACUUCAGAUCAUCAACAGCAGAGGAACUGUGUUCAAGAGAUUCAAUGUUUCUGUCUACGACAAUCUGACCGUUCCCAUCACAAACCAAACUCAACAUCUCAACACCACUCAUGACUUUAAGACAUUUCCAGUUGUGAACCGUUUACACGUCUGUGCCAUCACAGCAGCAGCAGUGGUGUUGGUGGUUUUCUUCGUGAUUGUUGUUGCAGUGAAACUCUCCCAAUCACUAAACAAUCAGGGCAAGAAUAGACCCAACAUGGAUGAGGUUUUACCACUAGCAGCCUUAAAAAUUUGUGAAGACAGAUGUCUGAUGUCUUUGAGGAUGCUCAACACUUCUGGAUCUGAUACCAUAAACCAAUCAGAUACAUCUUCAACUGAACUGAACUAA